AUGGAGCAUGCAGAAGGAAUCCCUGCCACCCAGCCAGUCCGGGAAGGUGGGCCAAUACAACGAUCCUCAACCGCGAGUACCCUCCACCAUAAUGAAUUUGAUGAUUCAUUUAGAUCAAGACUACGAUCAUUCUUUCAUCGAGAUAGUCAUAUCGGUCAUGUCGCCCAACAUCCGUUGCGGGGGAGCCAAGAGAUCGAGAUCCAUACCUGGACUGGUCCUGACGAUCCAGAUAACCCGUUCAAUUGGAGCAAAACAUACAAAUGGGUCUUGACUUUGACCGUCUGCUUCAUUUCCAUUUUAACCGGUCUGCCGGCCGGAUCGUAUGGCGCAGGAAAUGACUACAUGGCCAAAUUGUUCCAUGUUCAGAACGAGCCCUUUCCCAAUCUCGCCUGGGCCACAACCUCAUGGAAUAUGGGCGCUGCAUUCUGGCCGUUGAUUUUUGUCCCACUAACCGAGUCUUCUGGGCGUAUGCCUGGCUAUUUCGUGGCAUAUUUCAUUCUGGUUGUGUCCCUAUUCCCUUCGGCUUUUGCGCAAAACUUUGCGACGCUGGUGGUGACUCGAUUCUUUGGUGGUGGUGCUUCCUCGGUUUCAAUCAACAUUGUGGGCGGUAGUAUCAGUGAUGUCUGGUAUGGAGAUAAAGCUCGAAGCUUACCGAUGUCGCUGUUUGGCUUCACCAGUGUGGUUGGAAUCGCGCUAGGUCCGUUUAUUGGAGCGGCCAUUCAACAAAUUCAGAAGGACAGUCCAUGGAGAUGGAUCUUCUACGUUCAGAUCAUUUACAACGCUGCUCUGAUCCCGGUGUUCUGGCUGAUCCUUCGCGAAACUCGUGCAGAUGUGAUUCUGAAGAAGCGAGCCAAGAAGCUUCGCAAGGAGACUGGCCGUGAAAUAUAUGCAGAAGCUGAUUUGAAUACCACGAGCGUAUGGAAACUGAUGCAAGUUUCAUUCGAGCGCCCCACGCGCAUGUUGAUAACAGAACCCGUUGUCAUUUUCUUCACAUUGUGGGUCAGCUUCGCAUGGGGAAUUCUUUUCCUUUUCUUCUCGAGUGUGGCACAGACAUUCAGUGCCAAUUAUGGUUGGGGCACAUUCCAGACCGGUCUGGUACAAUUGGCGAUCUCCGUAGGAGCUGUCAUUGGUACUGUCUUCAAUCCCAUCCAGGACUGGAUCUAUCUCAACUCCGCCAAAAGAAACCGCGAACGUCCAGGAAAGGCCAUCCCAGAAGCACGUCUGUACACUUCCAUACCAGGUAGCCUCUUAUUUGCCGGAGGACUUUUCUGGUACGGUUGGGCCAGUGUCGGGAAUGGGUCCGUCCACUGGAUUGUGCCGACGCUGGGAAUUGGCUGCACUGGAGUGGGUAUCUACUCCAUUUACAUGGCUGUGGUUAAUUAUCUGACGGACGCAUAUGAAAAAUAUGCAGCCUCCGCUUUAUCUGCAGCUUCGUUGGGCCGUAACACCUUCGGUGCCUUCCUUCCUCUCGCAUCCUUCGAGCUAUUCGAUACGCUGGGAUAUGGCUGGGCUGGCUCCUUGCUUGGAUUUGUCGGUAUUGCCCUCUCGGUGGUGCCCGUGGUACUCGUACUGAAAGGGCCCGAAAUUCGCCGUCGCAGUCCAUUCAUGCGUGAGUCUAUGUGGGAACCUGGCGACGACACAGAAAAGGAUCAAGUUUCGGACAAGACCGAGGUCUGA